GACGCAACGCCUUUAGCUUCAGCCACUACCGCAACGAAUCCCUCGAAGAGGAUGAUGACCUUGUCAACGGUCCCCUCUCAACCAGCAGCCGUAGCUUGCGCCUCAGCCUCCUUCCAGCUCACCACACCUUUCCACACGACAAGGAGCUUCAGCACGCCCUCGUCGCGUCCUCCCGCAGCUUGCACGAGAACAGCAGCACACCUCCCCCUCUCCACAGCCCCAAAAGCCCCCGGCGCCCCCGCGGCCACACCCGCAACAAGUCUGUUGGUGGCCAGCCCUCCCAAUACCCCGUGCGCCCCAGUGAACUGCGAUCGGCCCCCAAUCGACACCACACCAUUUCGGCCCCGUCCGGCUCCGCCCCCGCCACACCCGCCAACAACAGUCAUGCCCACGCUCGUUCACGCACCCAAACUCAGAAUCAGACCACCAACUCGCCGCAGCCCCUUCACCAACAACCUGACUCUCCGUUCGGUGCCUUUCUACCUGCGCGUAACACCACCCCUUCACCAAACCCAGAGAUCGGUCCCGGUGCGUCCACCACCUCUGCCACUCGUCCUGCCAAGCUUCCAACCUCUGCUCGUCGCCACCAGGGCAUCCUCGUCGACGUGGAUGCAGUGCUCCAAGGAGCCCCGAUCACCCACGACAUUGACCAGCCCGCCCCAGAUUUCUCCACAAGCUAUGAACAGGCCCAGGCACGCGAACAGACUGCCUUGCUUGACAAGUUCAAAUUGUCCAUCGCCCCUCCCAUUGCCUUCACCAAGGCCUCGACCACCAUCACGCGGCCCCCAG